CAAAGUUAAACAAUUGUGCCACCGAGUGAAUUGUUUUCGAAUUCUCAUUUUCAGCAUCCUUGAAUUGCAUUUUUAUAUCUAAAUAGCAAUAUAUAAUGAGUGCUCCUAACCAAGCUCCUCAUAUUGAUCGGGAAUUAGACUUAUCAAAUACUGGUAGGGGUGUAUGGUUAGUGAAGGUUCCAAAAUAUAUAGCAAACAAAUGGGACAAAGCAUCAGGCAAUAUAGAAGUAGGCAAGUUAAAAAUAUCACGAGUAACUGGGCAGAGAGCCCAAGUUCAGCUUUCGCUCUCCGAAGCGGUUUUAUGUCUAAAGGAACCUGGUGAACAAAACAUUCCAAAGGAGCAUCGUCUUGACGUUUCAAACGAGACGAGACAAUCGUUGGGAGUCUUUUCUCAUGUAGUGCCAUCUAAUACAGAUUCGGUUAUUCCUGAAUCAGAGAAGCUGUUUAUGGAAGGAAGAAUAGUUCAAAAGUUGGAAUGUAGGCCCUAUGCUGAUACUACUUACUAUAAAUUAAAAUCAGAAUCUAUAAGGAAAGCAUCUAUGCCACAGAGGCAGGUGCAACAGUUAGAUAGAAUUGUCCAAAACUUCAAACCUGUUUCUGAUCACAAACAUAAUAUUGAAUAUCAAGAAAGGAAAAAGGCUGAGGGCAAGAAGGCUCGUGAUGACAAAGAUGCUGUGCUUAACAUGUUAUUUGCUGCAUUUGAAAAGCAUCAGUAUUAUAAUAUUAAGGACUUACAAAAGAUAACAAGACAGCCUAUUGUGUAUUUAAAAGAAAUACUUAAAGAAGUAUGCAAUUAUAAUCUUAAGAACCCACAUAAAAACAUGUGGGAAUUGAAGCCAGAGUACAGGCAUUAUAAACAGGAUGCACCUGCUGAAUCUAAAGAGGACAAACAAAGUUCAGAUAGUGACUAAUUAUUUAUUUUUUUAUAUAUAAUAUGGUACUUCAGGCUAAUU